GUUUGUUCUGUUCAGUGUAUCAAUAGGGUUUUUAAAUAUUUUAUUGUUUAUGUGGGUUGAAUAACAUUUUUAAAAUGAAUCUUGUGUGGACCAUAUUUUUUGGUUUUCUACUGUUUUCCGAAGUAAAUUCAGAAUGCCUUAUGUAUGGAAACUGUCCAAAGGGGGAGCAAACAAAUUGUGUGAACAAACCAGGAACAAAACCUGUGCGCUUAAACAAAACGGACACGCAUUAUUCGGAAGCUCUGAAGGAUUGGAAACGCUACUGUGGCCAUGUUUCCGAACUAAAUGUUGCAAGCGAAUUAUGUUGCGACGUGAACCAAAUAAUAAACAUGGCCGAUGGUUUCAGAAAGGCCGAACAAAUUCUGGGAAGAUGUCCGACGUGCUCCAAAAACGUAUUUCACCAUUUAUGCCACUUUACAUGCUCACCAAACCAAACUGUAUUCUUGGAUAACGUAAAAACAAACACUACUGAAGAUCAUGUAACGUACGCGUUGGAUGUUGAUAUUCACCUGCGUAGUUCUUUCAUGGAUGACGUGUAUGAGUCAUGCAAGGAUGUUGCUGUUCCCCAGUCGGGGGGUACUGCAAUGGACGUCACUUGUGGGACUUACAACAGUUUGAAUUGCAACCCAGAUAGGUGGUUCGUUGGUAUGGGUCAUUCCGAAUUUGGUCCUAUGAAUCUAACAUUUAAACGACAACCUGAUAACUGCACUCAAUGUUUAAGGCUGACAGCUCUACCUUGCGAUGAAACCUUUGAAGGAGAUUUGGAAUGCAGCUGCACUGAUUGUAGGAAAAUGUGCAGCAACUUUGACUAUCCAGAAUUAACGAAAUUGUUUAAAGGAGAAGUGAUAUUUGUGGCAGUGAAUUGCGUGGUUGCCUUUUUGAUAACCGCUCUUAUUGUGGGUACUUAUUUGAUGAAAAGAAAGAGUUUCAGUCCUUCUCAAUUUAUAGCUUGCAAAUCAAACGAAUUUGGAGAAAAAAUAAACCACUAUUUGGAGGAUUUUUUUAGAAAAUUUGCUACAGGGAUCUCAAAACACGCAGUCAUUGUUUUGAUCAUAUCACUCAUUGUGGUAUGUUCAAUUACAACGGGUUCCUUCUACCCAAGUCCAUUAAAAAUCACCACAAGUCCAGUGGAAAUAUGGGCUUCCCCAACAAGCAGAAGCAGAAAAGAAAAGGAUUUUUUCGAUUCGAACUUUGGACCGUUCUAUAGAACCAAUCAAAUUUUCAUCAAAGCCAAGAAUUUGGAUUCCUUUCAUGUUAACAUAAGUGAUGAAGAAACUAAAAUAGGACCUGUUUUUAAUCAAAUAUUCAUGGAAAAAGUUUUUGAAAUCGAGAAGAAUAUAAUAAACAUCAAAAUUGAUGGCGAAGAAAUAUUAAAGAAUAUCUGCUAUGCUCCACUACGAACGCCUUUGGAUGACCCUAAAAAGGUGUCUAGCUCUAGUUGUGCUAUUAUGUCUAUGUCUGGUUGGAUACAAGACAUAUCCAAUGCUACAACCAACUACAAAGAAACUCUUAAUACGAUCCUGAACUGUUUAAGUAGCCCAUAUCAAUACUCAUGUUUAGCCACAUAUGGAGGUCCGAUUUUACCAGGAUUAGUAAUGGGGGGUAACACACAAUCGAAUUACUUGGACGCUACAGCCGUAAGUUUGACAUUUCUUGGUAAAAACAGCAUAAACGAAGACGAUUUGGUGGAUUCACUAAAAUGGGAAAAAGAGUUUGUAAAUUACUUAAAAGACUUCUCAUCCAAACUAACUGAUGAAGAUGUGAUAGAAAUUGCUUUUUCUGCGGAACGAUCCAUCCAAGAUGAAAUCGCAAGAGAGUCAAUGGGAGAAGUAUCAACUGUCGCAAUCAGUUAUUUAAUUAUGCUUCUGUAUAUUGCUCUAGCUCUUGGAAAAUUGAAGGGUGGUUUGAAAGAAACAAAAAUUUUGCUGGGACUCGUCGGAGUUCUAAUAGUUCUGGCUUCCGUUGGGUGUUCUUUAGGCAUUUGUGGCUACUUGGGAAUACCUACGACUUUAUUGACUCUGGAAGUUAUACCUUUUCUGGUUUUGGCAGUCGGUGUCGAUAAUAUUUACAUUAUUGUUCAAACUCAUCAAAGAACUCCAAAGUCUGAUAAGGCCCUGUCAGAAAGAAUAGGCGACACAAUGGCCAAAGUAGGACCCAGUAUGCUUUUAACGAGUUCUUCAGAAAUAUUUUGCUUUGGAAUUGGGGCCUUAUCCAAUAUGCCAGCCGUUUACACAUUCGCUAUGUUCGCGACCAUAGCAGUUUUAUUCGACUUGAUGUUACAGUUGACAGCGUUUGUAGCUUUACUCACUUUGGAUGAAAUGAGACGCGAGGAUAACAGAUGGGACUUUCUUUGUUGCGUGAAAUCCGAAAAGGGGAACAUUCCUGGAAAUGGUUUAGUUCACCAUAUUUGGGAGAAAUACAUUACGCCAGCUAUAAUGGGAUUUAAAAUAAAAAUAAUCAUCAUGCUAGUGUUUCUAGCAUCCUUAGUAUUUAGUAUAGUUUUCUUGCCAAAAGUUGAAUGUGGUUUGGAUCAAGAAUUGUCCAUGCCAACUGAUAGCCACGUUCUUAAAUACUUCCAAUAUAUGAAAGAGUUGAUGAGAAUAGGCCCCCCAACAUAUUGGGUCUUAAGGGGGGAUGUAGAUUAUACAGACCAAAAUUUACAAAAAAAACUAUGUGGAGGCGUCAAUUGUAGCAAGAAUUCUGUUGCCACACAACUUUUUACUGCUUCAUUGCAGUCUGAAUCAACGUAUUUAUCAGUGCAGUCGAACUCAUGGGUGGACGAUUUCAAAGAUUGGAGCGACUCUGAAAAUUGUUGCUUUUACAAUGUGAAUAGUAACAACACGUAUUGUCCGCAUGCUACUCACACGAACUGCAAGUCGUGUUCGUUUAGUGCAACGGGAGUGUCUCGAGAGGAAUAUUUCAAAAAAUAUUUUUCGUUUUUCCUUCUGGAAAAUCCAGACGUAGAAUGCGCAAAAGGAGGACAUGCUGCUUAUUACGGAGGUAUUGCCUACAGUGCAGAUGACGAUGGGAAUACUAAGAUACAGGCUUCCAGUACCAUGUCAUAUCAUAAUAUUCUGCGAGGUUCUAAAGAUUACAUAAGCGCGCUUAGGUAUGCCAGAUCUAUAGCGGAGAAUUUAACAAAAACCAUUGAUAUAGCAGGGGUAGACGUAUUUCCCUACAGUGUAUUUUACGUAUACUUUGAACAAUACCUGUCAAUUUGGCAGGACACUUUUGUAUCGCUGGCUUAUUCCUUGGCUGUCGUUUUUGGAGUGUCCUUUAUAUUAUGCGGAUUCGAUGUAUUUUCAGCCUUAACAAUAUUGUUAACUUCAACAAUGAUACUCACCAAUAUGUUUGGACUUAUGUAUCUCUGGAAUAUUACGUUGAACGCUGUUUCGCUUGUCAACUUAGUCAUGACGGUUGGUAUAGCUGUAGAAUUUUGUGGGCACAUAGUGCAUCAUUUUAAGAAAUCUCAGAAAAUAACGGCAGAAGAAAGAGCUAUAGAUGCUUCCAUCAGCAUGGGAAGUUCAGUAUUCUCUGGAAUAACACUUACCAAAUUUUCUGGUAUAGCCGUAUUGGCGUUCGCAAAAUCUCAAAUAUUCCGAAUUUUCUACUUCAGAAUGUACCUGGGUAUGGUGAUAAUUGGAGCAUUGCAUGGUCUAAUAUUUUUACCAGUGUUUUUAAGUUUUGCUGGCACCAUAAAAUAUCCUUGCAAAAAUUCAGAAUCUGAUGAAGAUGAUAUAAUUAUACCAGGAAAAACGAAUAGUUUUGAAACCUUGCCAUCAAAUGAAUUAAACGAAAAAUAUUAACUCAAAAAACUCAAAAGUUUCAAAUACAAUUGGUGGUUGCCCACAUCAUUACAACUUAAGGGAUAUUAAAGUUUUGCAGAUAAAUCUGAACAAAUUACAAAAAUCCUUUAUUUAUUUUUAGGUUAAGUUGUAGAUAUUAACUUUUUUAUAUUUAAUUUUGGUUGUAAUAAAAAAAAUAUUAACAUUA